ACAACCCAAACAGGUCUUGUUAUAGCUUUCGAGAGAGAUCGUCGAUGGGGAGAGGGAAGAGGUCAGUGCUCGCGUCGUUGUUUGGGUUGAAGAAGCAGAGCGCCGGCGGGAAGUCGGCGGAGGAAGAGGCGGCGGGGAGGCCGCCGCAGCCGAAGUACUACCAGGGGACGAGGGUGCGGCCGAGCGACGGCGACGACGACGACUACGGCGGCCACUGGUACGCCGACCGCGAUAUCGACCGGAGGGCCUCCGAAUUCAUCGAGCGGGUGCAUCGCGGGAUGCUCGCCGGCGACCGAGAUGGAUAGGCGUUACUGACGCGCGUUCUUGGAUGACUAGGUUCUAUUGCUUUGUUGUUUAGUGAUAAACUUGUAUGUAGUGUGUGCCUGUGUGUGAUGAGUGAUGACAAUGGCAUGCAUGCAUGUUUGUCGACACUUAACAUUGUACUUCGUUGUACAUGCAUCAAUUUACUUAAGGUAAAUCAGGUUGGAUCCGUGCUAUAGCACGCACAGCACGGGUCUUGAAUCCGCCCCGGCAUGUGUCUUCGUUCUCAUGCA